UGCAACAGAAGCUCGCUUCACCCACUUUCUCUCUCUUCUUCUUUCUCCUCUCUCUCUGGUGUGUGUGUGAUCGAGUGGUGAAAACGAGAGAGGGAGACGUCGUUUCGUUGAAGGAGAGAUGUCAGGUCUCGAAGAUAUCAAGAACGAGACCGUUGAUCUGGAAAAAAUUCCGAUUGAGGAAGUUUUCCAGCAGCUAAAAUGUACGAGGGAAGGGUUGACGACGCAGGAAGGGGAAGACAGGAUUCAGAUAUUUGGCCCCAACAAGCUCGAAGAGAAGAAGGAAAGCAAAAUUCUGAAGUUUCUGGGGUUCAUGUGGAAUCCGCUUUCAUGGGUCAUGGAAGCUGCUGCUAUCAUGGCCAUUGCUUUGGCCAAUGGUGAUGGUAGACCUCCGGAUUGGCAAGAUUUUGUGGGUAUCAUCUGUCUGCUUGUCAUCAACUCCACAAUCAGUUUCAUUGAAGAAAACAAUGCCGGAAAUGCUGCAGCUGCUCUCAUGGCUGGUCUUGCUCCUAAAACCAAGGUUCUUAGGGAUGGAAAAUGGAGUGAACAAGAAGCUGCCAUUCUUGUCCCUGGUGAUAUUGUUAGCAUUAAACUUGGAGACAUUAUCCCAGCUGAUGCCCGUCUUCUUGAAGGAGAUCCUUUAAAGGUUGAUCAGUCUGCUCUAACUGGAGAGUCCCUUCCUGUGACCAAGCACCCUGGUCAAGAAGUUUUCUCUGGUUCAACUUGUAAACAAGGAGAAAUCGAAGCGGUUGUCAUAGCCACAGGAGUUCACACCUUCUUUGGUAAAGCUGCUCACCUUGUGGACAGCACUAACCAAGUUGGGCACUUCCAGAAAGUUCUUACAUCCAUUGGAAACUUCUGUAUCUGUUCUAUUGCUAUCGGUAUCGUGAUUGAAAUAAUUGUCAUGUACCCUAUCCAACACCGAAAGUACAGAGAUGGAAUUGACAAUCUCUUAGUCCUCUUGAUCGGUGGUAUCCCCAUUGCUAUGCCCACGGUCUUGUCUGUGACUAUGGCUAUCGGGUCUCACAGGUUGUCUCAGCAGGGUGCCAUCACCAAACGUAUGACAGCAAUUGAAGAAAUGGCUGGUAUGGAUGUCCUGUGCAGUGACAAAACCGGGACACUAACCCUCAAUAAAUUGAGUGUGGAUAAAAACUUGGUUGAGGUUUUCUGCAAGGGUGUGGAGAAAGAUCAGGUUCUACUAUUUGCAGCUAUGGCAUCUAGGGUGGAGAACCAGGAUGCUAUUGAUGCAGCCAUGGUUGGAAUGCUUGCUGAUCCAAAGGAGGCCCGAGCUGGAAUCAGGGAGGUUCACUUCCUUCCAUUCAACCCUGUGGACAAGAGAACUGCUUUGACUUACAUCGACUCUGAUGGUAACUGGCACAGAGUCAGCAAAGGUGCUCCCGAGCAGAUCCUUGACCUUGCCAAUGCCAGGCCUGACCUUAGGAAGAAGGUACUCUCUUGUAUUGACAAGUACGCCGAGCGCGGUCUUAGGUCACUGGCAGUUGCUCGUCAGGUACUUAUAUAUCAUUGAUUCUUACAUUUUCUGUC